AUGGUGUCUACUUCAGGGACAAACGAGCGAGAUAGUUCGAAAAGUGCAUUUAAUCCCAAUUCACAGCAUAAUCCAACUGGAAAGAGAAGAAGAAGGCGAUCUGGAAGCUCAAGGAAAUACACCGUUGAUGACAUCGAAAAGAUCAUUUCUGAAGAUUCGAAUGGCAUAGAUGAUUGUCCUGCUAAUAGAAGUGGGAUAAGUUCGUGGGGAUCCCCUGAUCGUAAGGAAAAUGAAAAGGAUCAAUUACCUCAGAAAAGCAAAGCCAAUGCCGAUUUUGAUGGCGACGUGUAUAUGCAUGAUAUGGAUGACGAGACGAAGGUUGACACCGUUUCUCAGUAUGUGUCUGCCCAACGCAAAAAAACCGACUUGACUGCAGAGGUACUGCCUACUGUGUGCCAGGAAGAAGAUGGCGAUAGAAUGGAGCUCGAUAUUCCUGGUCAUAAGAGGAUCACCUCUUUCAUCGUAGAUACGAACUUUAUUAUUUCGCACCUGAACACUCUUGAGGCAUUGCGUGGUCUUUGUCCAAAAUUUAACCAUCAGAUAAUUAUUCCAAGAACUGUGAUCCAUGAACUGGAUGGCCUCAAAAUGUCGAAUAAAGUCAUAGAAGGGGCCUUUGGCUCAGACAACAAUGAGAAACAAAACAUGGGCACCCUUGCGAGAAGAGCGAAUGACUGGAUUUACACAAACUUGGCAAAUUUAGACUCGGGGAUAUUAGGACAGAAAAUAAGACAGCGGUUGGAUUUCACCAGUAUUAAGGACGAUUCGAUUUUAGACUGUUGUCUAUAUUUUAGAGAAAAACUCAACAGGUUUGUAAUCUUGUUGUCCAAUGACAAAAACCUGUGCCUGAAAGCACUUACAGAACAACUACUCACAGUUUCGUAUCGGAAAGGGAUGUCUGCUGAGCUGAUUGCGAGUAUGGCAUUUAAAGAGAAUCACAAUACUGAAAGCAUCGACCUAAUUAAUAAUGAUGACUACGAGUUACAAGGCAAACUUGAAAACAUAAGCCAUGAGAAUCCUACUGAGACAUCAGACGGGUCAUCGCAAACUAUGAUAAAAGCUAAUUCCUUUCGUGAAGCUUCCGAAACAAUCUAUAACGAAAUACAAGCAAUUGUUUUAUCCGCGAUCGAUCAUGUAAUGCUGUCUGAAUAUGGUGACGAUCUUUCACUUGUUGGAUACGACCGAAACGCUUCUAGCCUUUCACAUGCAUGCCAUAACGUGUACAAAUUUUGGCUUUCUGUUUUUACAGAGUACUUUAAAGACUCAGAGUAUCACAAAGACUCUUGGAAGAAUCCCCCUCAAGCGAUUGUAACCCUUCCUUUGUCACCGCAGAAUCUUAUCAAGUUCACAGAAUUCUGGAUUCAUGCCCUGGAAAGACUUUACUCGAGAAGAGAUGGAGUUCAGAAGAAAUCGUUGGAUGUUCUUUUUGACAGAUGGAGAGAUGGAACAGCCCGGUGGUCAACCGCGUAG